AAUUGAUGAACUGCUCACAGCCGUCCAAUGUGGCGGUCAGAUACGGAAUAAUCCUGAUCAAUACUCCAACACCAGAAUUACCUUCUGAAGCUGCUGGCGCUACAGUUAUCCCGGCACGUGAUGUUCACACAGAUAAUUAUUGGUAG